AUGGCAGAAGCAAGUAUUUUAUGGGCUUGGGAUCAGUUUACUUGCCCAAUCUGUCUGGAUCUACUGAAGAAUCCAGUGACCUUUCCCUGUGGACACAGUUUCUGUAUGGACUGUAUUACGGACUGCUGGGAUCAGAAGGGAAUCUACAGCUGCCCUCAAUGCAGACAAACCUUCACACCAAGACCUGAUUUAGGUAAAAAUGUGAUGAUUGCUGAAAUGCUGGAGAAACUCAAGAAGACAAAACUUCAAUCUGCUCAUUGUUACGCUGGACCUGGAGGUGUGGAGAAACAGAAAGUUUUGGGAGAAACACAAAGAAAGUUAAAUCAGAGAAUUCAGGAGAGAGAGAAGAAGCUUCAGGAGCUGAGACAGACUGUGGACUCUCAUAAGCGCUCUGCACAGACAGCAGUGGAGGACAGUGAGAGGAUCUUUACUCAACUGAUCCGAUCCAUUGAGAGAAGACGAUCUGAGGUGACACAACUGAUCAGAGAUCAGGAAAAGACUGCAGUGAGUCGAGCUGAAGGAGUCAUGAAGCGUCUGGAGGAGGAGAUUGAUGAUCUGAAGAGGAAAGACGCUGAACUGAAGCAGUUUUUACAAACUGACGAUGACAUUCAUUUCCUGCAGAGUUUCAAGUCUUUCUCUGUGACUUCUGGAUCUUCAGAUGUUUCCAGCAUUAUUGUCAGUUCUCUUCCCACUUUUGAUGAUUUGGGAAAAUCUGUUUCUAAACUCAGAGAUAAACUGGAGGAUUUGUGUAUUGAUGAGAUUAAAUGUAUAUCUGACAGAGUAAAAUCCACUGAAAUUAUUUACAACGAACCCAGAACUAGAGAGGAUUUCCUACAAUAUUCCAUUCUGCUGUCUCUGGAUUCAAACACAGUGAAUAAAAAUCUCCAUCUGUCUGAGAAGAACACUGUGGCUACUUACACUGACACAGUCCAGCCGUAUCCUGAUCAUCCAGACAGAUUUUAUUUUAGUAAAGUUUUGUGUAGAGAGAGUUUGUGUGGACGCUGUUACUGGGAGGUUGAGUGGAGUGGUGAUGUGAGUAUUUCAGUGUCAUAUAAGAACACCAGCAGGAAGGAAUGGGGUGAUGACUGUUGGUUUGGAGUUAAUAAUCAGUCAUGGAGUUUGUACUGCUCUGACUCCAUCUGGUCAUUCUGGCACAAUAACAAAGAGACUAAUCUCCCUGUGUUGAGUUCCUGUAGAAUAGGAGUGUAUGUGGAUCACAGUAAAGGAUCUCUGUCCUUCUACAGCGUCUCUGAUACAAUGAACCUCAUACACAGAGUCAACACCACAUUCACUCAAACACUUUAUCCUGGAUUUUUGAUCAAUCCAAAGUCAACAAUGAAACUCUGCAAUCUGACAAGAUGGAUACAGAGAUGUAACAGAUUAAAGCAGUAAGCCCCAAGAAGCAGUGGGUUACCAUAAAUGUACUGUAAUCCCACUGCUUCCAUGCUUCGCGGGGCUUAUUGCUUUUAUAAAACAGUUACUUCAUAUGCAUAGCAGGAUUUCAUAAAAUAAAACACAAAUAAGCUGUAAUUAUAUUAGUACAAAUAUUACUUUUCCGCCAGACAAAGUAGUUCCUUAGAAACAAGUGUGGCUGCAACAGACCGCAGUUCCCAACCAACACAGACGGAGCUAAGACACAAUGAAAAUAUGAUUUGAGUUUAUUUUCAUAAAUCAACAUUCAUCUAAUUUAUAAACUAACAUUAAUAUUGUGCAACUGUUGAAGUGAUGAUCAAAUAUGCUUGGAAGCAUGCUUAACUCUUUCCACGUCAGCGCUUUUUUUUAAGUUGCCACCCAGUUUUAGUUUAAUGCCUUACAGAAAAAUUAUCUUCAUUAAAUACACAUAAAAGGAAAAAACAGACACUCCGCUUUCAAAAAACAAAAAACAAAACAUUUUUGUGAAGAACUUUUAAGAGAUCGGAUUUAGAGCCAUGUUCAAAACUUACACUGUGUUUUUAGUGUUGAGUGAAUGCGUCAGUGUUUAAGUUGCGUUAGAUCGCCAUCUAUUGGACAAUAGCGGAAAUAUCAACUUGAGCUUAAAGAACUCCUUAGAAAAGGGUUUUCUCUUAAUUGACGAGAUGACUCAACAAUGUUUAUUGACAUUUAUCCGGAUAUCGCCAUAAUUGUGCAUAUGUAGAAAAAUAAAAAAAUUAUUAAAGACUGUGGUGUUUAUUUUCAUAAAUCAGUACAUAGCAACAUUGCCGCAUAAUGAUUGUGCUGUCCCAGAACCUGUGUUGUGGCUAGAAGGGAUACAACUUCAAUCUCUUGAAAUCUCGCAGGAUGAGCGCUGUUUUCAUUUUAAUCCUAUAGCCCAAACCUAAACCUAACAUUUCCCGGGAUUAGAAAAGACGUAAUUGUAUCCUCCUCUUUAGCCAGAAUCGCUGUUUUUCAUCCUUAUCCUUCCCUAAAACCUUACACCAACCACAGGAUCUCGCGAGAUUUGUCCGUAGCUCCAUCCCCUCUAGCCAGAACCCAGAGUCUGCCCUACCAGCGCAAAUAAGCUACAUGUACCACAAGUUAAGUUUUGGGAAAAAUAAUGACAACUGGAUAAUAAUGAUGAUCUUUUAAAAGCCAUCAAAUUGAAAAAGCAGAGUUUAGAGUUAAAAACUUUUUUGUACACAUGCAAAACGGCCAACACGAUUAUCUUAAAAAAGGGGCCGGGGCAAAAGCAAAUCAUCCAAAAAUUAAUGUACAAAUGUGGUUGUACAAAUUAAUACGAAUAAGUCACCUUGUAAAAUAUGAAUGAAUUGCCACGAGAAAGCUUUGUAAAAUCAAUGAAUCAACUACUUUUGAAUGUUGUAUAUUAUCUUGAUGGGCCUGAUUAUCAUAAUGGGCGGUCCUAUUUCUGUCAGGUCCGUCUUUUGGCUGAGAUGCUGCUAGUGGUGCACAACCAUCAUUCUGAAGUCUUCUUAAUAUGAAAUAGUAUUUUAUUGAUCAAUUUUGAUGAUGAAAGAGCCCAACUGAAUCAUCCAAUAUUGUUUAAUACAGAAAAGCACAAUUUAGCUUUUGUCAAGACAAGAGUGUAAAAUAUGAAGAUAUAAUUUCUAGAUGUGCACUAGCAACGAAUGUGUUUGGCAUCCGUAGAUGAAAUGUGUCUGUUUACCUAAAGAAAUAUUUGUACAAAUGGCCUGCCAUAGUUUUGCACACGUCUCUCAAAAUCAAAACCAGGAAGAAACUCUUUAAAGCUCCACUGUGUAGGAUCUACUCCCAUCUAGCGGUGAAAGUCUAUAUGACAAGCAACUGAAUAAUACUUUCUAGCCCCCCCCCAUUCGGAACGCGUUUUAACUCGUACGGUGGCCCGGCCGUGUCAUGCCAAGGUUAACAUGGCUUCCAGUAGCUACAAAGCAAAAGCAAUGAGAAAAAAAUUAACAAUUUGCAAUGUCCUUUGCCUGUGAUCCAUCAAAGCACACCGAUUUAUGUUUAACAUGAAAAAAGUCUGAUUGUCAUGAUAUGUCCGCUUAAAAUCACAUACAAAAAGCAACCAUGACGGGUUUAAAUGGACGCGAAUUAAUAUUAUGUCAAAGUACAAUGCUUAUGUUUUAAGUAAACGUUACAUGUCCGUGUAUAUGUAAGAGCUUUCUCUCAUAUUGGUGAAAAAAGAUCACGCAACUUUCACACGCUUGUAAAAUGAAACGAAAGACGCGCAGAUCAGACGCUUUUAUCAGAGUAUUAUGUCAGACAUUAUGUCAGAGUACAAUGCUUAUGUUUUAAGUAAACGUUACAUGUCCGUGUAUAUGUAAGAGCUUUCUCUCAUAUUGGUGAAAAAAGAUCGCGCAACUUUCACAUGCUUGUAAAAUGAAACGAAAGACGCGCAGAUCAGACGCUUUUAUCAAUGAAAGGCUAAAAAUAGCGCUGUCACCGUGUGUUUGUGCUAGAGGUCAGAAAAGAUGAAAACAUUUAUCUCAGUACCUCAGAUUACAUAAAUGGGCGGAGAGACGGCGUGUGUCUGUUCGGACACAUUAAACCACAUGCAUGUUUACACUAACAAGUGUUAUGCAUAAUCAUGCUAAAGUUAGCCAAGGAACUAUAAAACUUCAAGUUUACAACAUGGACUGUAUAGAUGUAAACGAAUAUGCUGAAUUACCUGUGGAGAAUAUAGAAAGUGCAACUUCAGUGUCCCAUGAGCCCCAUCUUGGAAAACUAACUCCAAUAGUGACUUUGGUCUUGAUGUUUUUCCUGUCGCGUUGUCGUUUAAAAUCCCCGUUUCGCUUCCUUGGCUAUUUGUUUUAAUGUCCUCGAGAAUAUGUCUUCAACAGGCUUUCAAAUCAAAGCAUUAGAUCGCAGGUUCAUCACGGUGUGCGGUUGUUGUAAAAUCCGAAGGAUUCAGCUACGCAGGUCACAGGCUGGAUACGAUACGUCAUCAAGCCUGGUUUAUUUAAAUCAACUGAGCAUUACAUUCGCAAGUCAUACGCAUAUUACAUCAAUUUACAAUUAACUAAAAAUAAUUGUCAGCUUUAUAAUUGUUAAUAUUCUGAAAUAAGACUGUCUUGAUGACGUAUACCGCCUACACAUGCAACCUCCGGAGGCUUCAGCUAUCGGCCAGCAUGAGUGUAGAGUAGAGGUCUUCACGGGUCCACUUAGAUCCGAAAACCCGAGGUCCGACCCGAGACCCGAUCGGGUUCGGGUCUAAAAGUUUCACAUGUGCCUCGGACACGGGUCGGGUACAAUAAUAGCGGCAUCGGGUCUCGGGUAAUUUAAAAAUGAAUGUGUUUUUUCUGAACGGACCCGAGAAGACCCGAACUCUCUCGCCUGUGUGCGUCAAUGUCCUUUUCAAACCUCUCAUCUGUUUGCCAAGAGCGCUUGCGACAUUGCGUGGUUGUCUGAACUGCUGUAUCUCGCGUGUGUGUUUCGUCUUGAGUCCUUUUCCAACCUCUCCUCAGUUUGCCAAGACCGCUUGCGACAUCGUGUGGCUGGCGGUAAGCUAAUUUCCGUUGAAAGAGACCUGUCUGUCAAUCAAUUUUAAAACCCGCGCUGUAGCGGCUUGUGCAGUCGUCGUCAGAAUCAGAUAAGCAUGGAGGCAAUAUCUGACAUCGCUAAAAAGCUGAAGGACAACGAAUAUACUGAGGUAAAACAUCCAGGAUCAUCAUCGGUCUGGGCAACAUUUGUGUUAAUUGUUGACAAGGAGGGGAAAAAGAUCGGUGCUGCUAAAUGCAUAGACUGUAACACAUUAUUAAAAUUUGAUUCAGCCAAAACUGGCACAUCCCAUUUGCUGAAGCACCAGAGAACAUGUCGGCACAAGAAACCAAUGCAAAGCUGCAUUCGUUCGUUUGUAAGGACAAGUGCGAUACCUGCCCCGUAUAAAAAGAAAAUUCUCGACAGUUGCGUUCGUGUUUGUGCCAAAGAUCUGAGACCAUAUCGAAUGUUUGAAACGAGUGCAUUUUGCCAGCUAGCACAGAACUUGGUUGAAAUUGGAGCUACACAUGGCCACUGUGAUGUGAAAGACCUUCUUCCCAGUGGUGUUACUGUUUCCCG